AUGAGCACAAUCCACAUGAUGAAUGGAGUGGUUAUCUGGGUGACCGGGUUCAAGAUGAAGAAAACAGUUAACACAGUUUGGUUCCUCAACCUUGCUGUGGCCGACUUCCUCUUCACAGCAUUCCUCCCCCUGAAAGUGACAUACACAGCCAUUGAUUUCCACUGGCCUUUCGGCAACUUCAUGUGUAAAGUUAAUUCCACCUUAACCUCCCUGAACAUGUUUGCCAGUGUCUACAUCCUGGUGGUGAUCAGUGUGGACAGAUGUGUGUCUGUGGUGUGGCCUGUCUGGGCCCAGAACCACAGAAAUAUACGCAAGGCGUCUUAUGUGAGUCUAGGUGUUUGGGUACUGGCUCUGAUUCUCAGUGCUCCAUACUUUGUCUUCAAGGAUACUUUAACGUAUAGUGAUAACACCACCCGCUGCUUCAACAACUUUACUCUUUCUGAUGAUUCUGAAACAGGACAGUUUCGUUAUCAGGCCGUGGCCAUCACCAACUUCCUCCUGGGACUUGUUGUUCCCUUCACUGUCAUUUUCUCCUGUUACGCUGUGAUAAUCCAUCGUCUCAGGAGGAACCGCACCUUGGCCAGCAAGUCGAGUCGCCCCUUUAAGAUCAUCGCUGCUGUUAUCACCACUUUUUUCUUGUGCUGGGCUCCUUUUCACAUCAUGCGUCUAAUAGAGUUGGAUCAUCACACGCGUUCUAAAACAUUUGGCCAUGUCCUCUCUAUUGGUCUGCCUAUAACCACCAGCUUGGCCUUUCUCAACAGUUGUCUGAACCCACUGCUGUAUGUCUUCAUGGGCCAAGAUUUUAAGGACAUAGUUCGCAAAUCCAUCCUGAAAAUAUUGAAUGUAAGAUAA